ACCGAUCCUCUUUGAAACCAACAGUGACUUACCCCAAACAACCUCAGCCUGUAUCUACACAGAUAAAAUGAAAUGGAGAGUUGAAGAAUCCUCUGAAAUACCUGCAUUUGUCAUCCGAGCUUUCAAAAUUUGAUCAAGGACAGUCCGCGUGUGGCUGAAGAGAGACAGUGGGCAGUAUUGGCCAAGCAUAUACCAUGUAAUGCCAGCUCCAUGUUCAUGCAUGUCUUUAAACCCGGAAACAAGAAGACUGUCCAUAGGUCUAGACAAUGGUACAAUCUCAGAAUUUAUUUUGUCAGAGGAUUACAACAAGAUGACCCCAGUGAAAAGUUAUCCAGCUCACCAGAGCCGAGUGACGAUGAUCCUGUUUGUCCUGGAGACGGAAUGGGUCCUGAGCACAGGACAGGACAAGCACUUCACGUGGCACUGCUCCGAGAGCGGGCAGCGCUUGGGAAGCUACCGCACCGGCGCCGGAGCCUCGGGCCUCCAAUUUGAUGUUGAGACUCGACAUGUCUUUGUUGGUGACCUUUCUGGGCAGGUGACCAUCCUCAAACUGGAACAGGAAACCUGCAGCCUUGUGACAUCCUUCAAGGGCCACACAGGUGGGGUCACGUCCCUGUGCUGGGAUCCAGUCCAGCGAGUGCUGUUCUCGGGCAGCUCGGAUCACUCUAUUAUCAUGUGGGACAUCGGAGGAAGAAAAGGAACAGCCAUUGAACUGCAAGGACAUAAUGACAAAGUUCAGUCUCUCUCCUAUGCUCAACAUACCCGACAGCUCAUCUCAUGCGGUGGAGAUGGUGGGAUUGUCGUUUGGAACAUGGACGUUGAGAGGCAGGAGACCCCCGAGUGGCAGGACAGCGAUUCCUGUCAAAAGUGUGACCAGCCUUUCUUCUGGAACUUCAAGCAGAUGUGGGACAGCAAGAAAAUUGGGCUGCGACAGCACCACUGCCGCAAGUGUGGGCAGGCCGUGUGCGGCAAGUGCAGUUCCCGGCGCUCCUCCAUCCCCCUGAUGGGCUUCGAGUUCGACGUGAGGGUGUGUGACAGCUGCUAUGACUCCAUCACCGAAGAAGAGCGGGCCCCCACAGCCACUUUCCACGACAGUAAACACAAUAUCGUGCAUGUGCAUUUUGACGCAACCCGAGGGUGGUUAUUGACUUCUGGAACGGACAAGGUUAUUAAGCUGUGGGACAUGACACCAGUAGUGUCCUGAUGAUGCCAACUUGAAUCCAGAAGGCAGUAUCUUCUGAGGACACGGUUGUUGGAACCAGAACCACGUCGCCGCACAAGCCGGAAGUGAGGCCGAGCGGGUGGCAGGGGAAGGGAAGGACUGAACGGUCCAGGGUGGCUUUCAAGUCAUUUGGCGCUUGCAGAGAGACUCUAUUUCAGCCUGUUGAUGCAUUAGCAAAAGGAGGUAUUUUUUUAACAAAUGAUUUGUACGAUCUGGCCAUGUGAUGUUGUUUUGGGUUGGUUUGAGGAAUUCAUUUUUGUAUUUCAGUACUCUUAUACUUGCUGCUCUGUGUGUGUGUGUGUGUGUAUGUGUGUAUCUAUAUGUAUCGGGGAGUAAUUGGGAAAACUUUUUGGUUACUUUUUCUUUUCUUACAAAACAAUUUUUGCCUUUUCUCCGCCUCAUCAUAUAUACUGCGUCAGGUGAUAAUUAGGGUCUCUUUCUUGUCCUGUCUCCAACCCCAACCUGUUCUUUAGAGGGUGCUAGCUAAAAUACGUAUCCUGCUGCUUUUAUGUCCUCCUCAGUGGAGAGAUUUUGAGCAUUGCCCGGGGAGAGUUGAGCAUUGCCCGACUUCUUAAAGGAUCUGCCAACGUUCCUUUUUCCCGUCCAGCCACUUGCGCACUUGUUCUGCCUGUUUGGAUCGUGCUGAUGGACCGUUUUUCUCUGCCUUAAUUCCCCCCACCGGUUUGAAUGGCUCGGCAGUCAUCUGCUCCAUGGAAAUAGUGUUUUUUACAGCCCAGCAAUGAGGCUUUCAUGAACCGACCCACAUGAACUUGGAGUGAUUUUUUACCUUUCUUUUACCAGCAAUUUGACCCUCCAGUUGUGUAUUUUCUUCCCCUUCAAACUUCUGAAUUCUAACCCGUUCUUUGCCCGGAGAGAUUUUUAACUCCCUCCCUGCCUCCCAACCAUAUUUCUCACCCUGUUUGCCCAAUUCCUUUUCAUUCUUUGCUCAAACUGCGAGUCACGUGCAUUUUAAAAUUACUUUGUGAAUUUUAUCGUAGCUUCUGGUGUGAUCGCAUUAUGUCUGACGACAGUAGCUAACGAAUGGCAUCUGGCAUGUUGCUGUCUUGUCGGGUAUGGUUUCAACUAAAUCAAUCAAUCGUAUUGAGCACUUACUGUGUGCAGAGCACUGUACUAAGUGCUUAAAAAACAUUGACCUAAAAUAAUUUUCAAAGAACUCAGAAUGACCUAGGUUAAUUUUGGAAGACAGAAUUCUGCCACACUUACUGUCUGAAAGGUCUCAUCGUCUUCAUACCCAUUUCUUGUCAUUUCCAACCACAUUGCUGUCCCCAGUUUGGGAAGGGAAGGAGAGGGAAUAUAGAGGCUCCAGGAUUCAUGAAACCGACCAGACUAGCUGGGACAGCACCUCCUCUGGAAACUAGUGACCGACUCGAUCGUGACAACUUGCUUCCCCGUUGUCUCUUAGAAGUGUUUUUUAGCUGACCUUUCCAGGCCACCUAGGAUUUGUUUGAGUUUGGGCACUCUUGGCAGAAUUGUUGGCUAUUUUUUUAUAGUGUUUGUUACGUGCUUACUAUGUGCUGGGCGCUGUACUAAGUGCUGGGGUAGAUACAAGCAAAUCA